AUGGAGCUGGUGACCAUUCCGUUCAGCAAAGUGCAUGCUGCUAUGCAAGAGGCGAAGGACGCUUGGAGGGAAACGGACGAGUUCAAUACCCGUGGCCACUCCCACGAAGACAUUAACGCACUGAUUCCAGAGACGUUGGACCUAAAGCAUGUCAAGCCCAGCCUGUUUCCUACCUUGUACCAGCACUGGGCGCCUCUGAUAAUGUCUACACAGGGGGUUCAGGAAUGGCAUAUUUUCGAGUUACCCCGCUAUCUGGCCUUUGAGAUGACGGAGGCGUUCAAGAUCUGGUGUACGAGGAUGUCGGUAGGGGAUGCUGCCAUCAGCGACCUAACCGAUGAGUUCCCGAAGCAGUCUACAGCUGGAGUUGAGACGGAUAGGGUAUUUCGUUCUGGCCAGCAAUGGUUCCUUCGCCUGGAUAGUUGCAGCACCAAGGAUGGCGCGAACGGAACCGACCCCAUUACAAGUCUACGUGAUCUUGUUGUACAGCUUUGUACUUCCAUGAGGGGAAGACGGGCGAUCUUGGACACCCUUCAAGCCUGUCAAGAGAAGCCACAACUCUUCCUUGUUCCUUAUAACAAGCUUAUGGAUCCAUCACGCGAGUUCCGGGUGUUUUGUCCUCCACCUAAGGGCGAUAUUGCUGCCAUAUCACAGUAUCGAUGGACUAGCCCGUUAGUGGUCUGCAGCCUAGAAAAUGCAACCAAAGUGGCCGAGCAGGUGUACCGUGAUUCGUUGGAGAUACAUGGCAGGAUUAUCAGGACUGCAAGCCAACUACCUGAUGAGUUGGUGCUGGAGACAAUGAAGCGAGAAGGGUUCACCUUUGACGUCAUGAGCAUGUCUGAGGAGCAGACCCAGCUUGUCGAAAUCAACCCCUUUGGUGCGAUGAGCGGCUGCGGCAGCUGUUUGUUCCAUUGGUUAAAAGACGCCAGCACUCUUUAUGGCCUGUCAGGCAAAGUCCAGGUUAAGAUGGCCUUAUCUGACAGCAUACUGGAGAAGUAA